AUGGAAAAGCAUCACAUAGAUAUUGACCUGAAGAUGUUCCCUGUCGCUGAAGAGGAACAUAUGCUUGCCUUUACUGCAAAUGGAGUCAAGAUCGGGAUGAUCAGGAGCGCUGACUACUCAAUCGAAAUAAACGAUGUGCCAGUAGAAAGAAUGGAUCGUCUCGGAGAAAUCAAUACCACGAGUCCAAUCAUGACGACACUUUCCGUCAUUGGCGUCCUUGUGCUCACUGCACUUGUUGGGCUGGCGGUACAAAUUGCCAACCUAUACGUGUUUCGAGUCAUGGUUUGCAAUGCGAUAAGCCGUUAA